GCCAACACAAACCUAGAAGCAACAAGCUAGCCCUUAUACCCAUGCGGAACUGUCCUGCUCAGAAGCGCAAAAACCAUGAUUAAGAAAAUGAGUCCCUCCGAGAAUGAGUUCGACAUCCCUGCGAAAAAUUGUUACAGAAUGGUCAUUCUGGGAUCCACUAAAGUUGGCAAAACCGCUAUAGUGUCCCGCUUUUUGAAUGGACGUUUUGAGGAGCAGUACACGCCGACGAUAGAGGACUUUCACAGGAAAAUCUACAGCAUCAAAGGAGAUGUGUAUCAACUGGACAUUUUGGAUACUUCGGGGAAUCAUCCGUUCCCAGCUAUGAGGAGACUGUCCAUUCUGACAGGUGAUGUUUUCAUCCUGGUCUUCAGUUUGGACAACCGCGAGUCCUUUUACGAGGUGCAACGGCUGAAACAGCAGAUCUUCGAGACCAAGUCCUGUCUUAAAAACAAGACCAAGGAGAACGUGGACGUCCCGCUGGUCAUCUGCGGAAACAAGGGCGACCGUGAGUUCUACCGCGAAGUUCAGCGCGAGGAGAUCGAGCAGCUGAUCGCUGGAGACGAACAGUGCGCGUACUUCGAGAUCUCCGCCAAGAGGAACACUAACGUCGACCUGAUGUUUCAAAGACUCUUCACCUUAGCCAAACUACCCAACGAGAUGAGCCCGGACCUGCAUCGCAAAGUUUCCGUGCAGUUCUGUGACAUUCUACACAAGAAGUCUCUCAAAAACAAGAAGGUGAAGGACGGAGACGCGUUUGGCGUCGUUGCGCCUUUUGCGCGCCGCCCCAGCGUGCACAGUGACUUGAUGUACAUCAAAGAGAAGGCGAUAGGAGGCGGUCAGGCAAAGGACAAAGAAAGAUGCAUCAUUAGCUAAGACAGACCUGCUGAAACUACUGGUGUGGUCACAAUGAGAUGAAGCCGUUGGGCUGCAGUCUUGACAGAGGUGCGCACGGUCAUUGUACCUAUUGCCGUUGCUGUGAGGUGACUCGGCGUCAAAGUCACCGGCUUGAGCUCUCACCUCGCAACUUGGAAGCGCAUGUUCUGCUCGCGAGAUCCUCUGUACAGAAUAUUGACUUUGUUCUGUUCAGUCAGAGCGCUCCGUGAUGUGGCUUAAAGUUAUUGUGAGACUCUUUUCAACUCCAUGCUUAAAAAAUGUGCUUUGUUAAAACACUUGCCUUUUUUGGGUGCCGAAAGGAGAUGUCGAAAGUGGAGCUGAGUUGCAAUGUCAGUUGUUUACAUUUAUUUCUUUCGAUUUUAAAGAAUCAAACUUGAAUGUUUUGUUGCAAUUUGAACAAUUUUUCUAUUGUGAAUGUAUAUUUAUGCUUCUGUCACUGUUGAACUCAUAGAAAACAGAGAAAUAAAACAAAUUG